UAAAAAGAAUCACAAACAUACGAUUGAAUUAAACAUUAACUUUAAAACAGUCCUAGAUAAAGUCAAGACUUGGACCGGUUUAUUGCUUAUCACGAGAAAAACCAUGGGAGACGAAGAUGUUAUCCGUAGACGUCUUUUGAUUGAUGGCGACGGCACUGGAGAUGAUAGAAGGCUGAACGUGUUGUUAAAAACACUAAUUAAAUGGUGUAAUAGCACAGACGAUAAACCGGAAGAGAGUAAGUCGACUCACGACCGAAUGCUAGCACAACUAGCGCAAUGUGAAUUUGCCGUCACCAAAUCCCAACUCGGUUCAGAAAUGAUGAACGCUGAGCUAGCCAGUUACGAAUCGUUGUCUAAAAUACUUGAAAACGGCAUAGAAAUUGCUAAGACAAAUAUAGAGAAGAGCAAAGCUGAUCUACUCCAGGCUAAAACUGUCCGGAAAAACAGAAUAGAGUAUGAUGUGCUUGCUAAAGUAAUAAGUGAACAGCCAGAUAGGAAAGAAACAUUGGAACGUCUCGGAACUUUGAAAACAGAACUGGCCGGUUUGGAAACAACAAAGCAGCAGUUGGAAAGUAGGUUGGCUUUAAGAAAAAAACAAUUCCAUGUGUUGGUUACUUCCAUUCAUCAGUUGCAAGCACUUUUGGAUGAACCUGAGGAUACAGAGUCCAUUUCUGAUAUUGAGAUGAAAGAUAUUAGUAAUGAAUCUUAGCAAUAGAUGUUUGCCAUGUUGGUAAUAUUGUCAGCACAAAACUUACUAACUAAUACCCAAAAAUUACUUAUUAUCAAAUUUAAACUGUUGUGAGACAUACUAACAUUAAACUAAUUUUACGGUUUACACUUACAUAUUGUGUACCAAAAUGUGCACAAGGUUUUAAAGAUUAUAACACAUUCAGGAAAUAAGUAAAGACAUGUAAUCAUAUUUGAUAAUACUAUGGAAGUCUUGGUGUCUGUAUCAAUUUCCUUGGAUUUGUCGUAAUCUGGGGCCAACUACAGGAAUAUUAAUGGAGGAUAUAUCAAGUUUCUUCUAAUACAUACUGCUUGUACAUUUUAAACAGUGAUGGUGUCCAAUAUGAAAAAAUAAUUGUGUAUAUUCAUUUGAAGAAAGUCUCUUGUUCUUUAUGAAUCCUAGGUAAGUAUCUAACAUUUUAUUGCAAUAAAUGUUUUAAAAUAA